AUGCAACCCUCUAUGGUUGACGAAACAGUGAAUUAUGUCAAUGCCAGCCUGGGCCUUGACAUCGGAGCCUCUCCUGCCCUUGCAGACGCCUCCGCCUCCUCUAACACCUCCGUGCCCAAGUCUAUCUUUGUGGAGACCCACCGACCCCGAAGAGCUUCCAUUUCUUCCGGUCACAUUGCCAAGGCUACUGCUGCCGUUGCCGCCCUCCAGGAGCAGCAGAAGCAGCGACACGGCAGUCACCGAAGCGAGUCUGAGCACACUCGACUCGUUGAGGGCGCCUGUCGACACAUUGCCGAGGCCGCCGCUCAGGCAGCUGUUGCCGCCGUAAAGGACAACGACGUCCAGGUCGAGGAAGACUCUCGACGAAAGGUUGUGAAGAUCCAGCGAAAGCGACGACGAGGUGGUAUCCUGGGCUUCAAGGAGCUUGCAGCCAAGUCGGGUCUGUCUCCCUGGCACUUCCACCGAGUCUUCCGAUCCAUCACCGGCCUGACUCCCAAGGCUUAUGGUGAUGCUUGUUGGAAGGCUGUUACCAACAAGCUGUCUGACCCCGAGCUGCUCACCAACAUCAAGGAAGAGCACGGUGUGUCCACCAAGACUGAAAUGGAGCCUCCUAAAGAGAACCACUCCGCCUCGGUCACCCCCCAGCACACCCCUACCAUGGCCCAGUCACUGCCUACGCCUUCCUACCCCUUUGAGCCUGUGACUCCGUUCGAGGCAGCCCCGGCUAUGACUUCCAACCCUAUGCCUCAAUUUGAUAACACUCCUUUCGAGUCUAUGUCUUACGAGCCUCCUUUUGAGACGUGCUCCUCCAUGACUUCUCCCGAAUCUACUAUGUCCUUUGAUGUUCCUUUCAUGUCACCUCUGGCCAACAAUGCCACUCUGACAGCGCCUGCAUCCGCAGUUUUUAACACCCAACAGCAGUACUACUACGACUGGUACCAGAUGCCCUCCGAGGUGCCUAACAUGCCCAUCGGCACUCCGACAACACAGCCUUCUUUCACCCUUGACAUUCCUGAUAAUAUGUCUGAUUCUACUGCCACACAGCCCAUGUCUUGCCACUCGGCAUCGUCGGCAUCUUCUCUUUUGGACUCGGUUCACACUCCAGGUGAAGAGUUCAAAGAUGAGAUGGCUUCUUGGAUUGAUACCAAAGACACCUUCACCGUUGACCAGAACCCCUCUUAUGUCGACAUGGGCUUCCAGUAA